CUAAGCAUCACUUUCAAUAGAACCCACAAAUAUAGGUAUAACCACAUCAAAACUUCUUGAAUCAUAAAAAGUUGAAUACAAAUCUCAAACAAACAUUAUAGAUCUUCAAAUGAUCCAAAAAAAUCCGUCUCAUACUAAAAAAUAUUCAACUAUAGAGAACUCCAAAAAGAGAGAUUUAUUGAAGAAGGUAGAUAAGUAAAGAAAUAAAAAAGAAAAAAAGUGGAAGAGAAGGCAGGAAAGCUAUCUCCUCAAAUCAAAGCUUUUAUUACGGAUGUUACAUACAUCUUGUUAGUCGAAACCAAAUGCUUACCCGCCAAUUUUAUUGCAAAACCCUACACUGUUUCUCCAACCAACGGUCCGUUGCUGUUGAAAAUUUUCCUACUUAUAACAAUGCACGCCAACAGUUCGACAGAAUUCCUCAACCAAGUGCUAUUUCCAUUCAUAGAUCAAUGGUCGAUUCUAUACACAACAAUCUCUCCAUGCAAGCGCUUAAAACAUUUAAGAAACACAUCCUGUUUGAUUUUCCUAAGAGUGUUGAUGAAGUUACUCUUUCCUUAGCACUCAAAUGUUGCCGUGGCGACAUAUUUCUCGGGUCUCAAAUCCAUGCUUUUGCUAUUACUUCCGGAUUUUAUUCGCAUACUACAGUACCAAAUUCGCUUAUGAAUAUGUACUGCAAGGCUGGAGUGUUUACUAAAGCUUUAUGUAUUUUUGAGAAUUUAAAUCACCCUGAUGUUGUUUCUUGGAAUACUGUGCUUUCAGGGUUUCAACAUAGAGAAGAUGCUCUGAGUUUUGCUUUGAGAAUGAAUCUAUAUGGGGUUGUAUAUGAUGCUGUAACUUAUACUACUGUUCUUUCUUUUUGUUCAACAAUUGAAGAGAUUCCUUUUGGAUUACAGUUGCAUUCUUGUAUAUUGAAAGCUGGAUUAGAUUGUGAAGUUUUUGUUGGGAAUGCUCUUGUAACUAUGUAUUCGAGAUGGGGAUGUUUAACGGCGGCUAGAAGAGUUUUUGAAGAAAUGCAAAUUAAGGAUUUGGUUUCUUGGAAUGCAAUUAUAUCAGGGUAUACUCAGGAAGGAGUUUAUGGGCUGGAAGCCAUUUCGAUUUUUAUCGAAAUGGUUAGAAGAGGGAUAAAACUUGAUCAUGUUUCAUUUACGAGUGCUAUUUCAGCUUGUGGUCAUGAAGGAAACUUAGAGGUUGGAAAACAGGUUCACGGUUUGAGUAUAAAAAGAGGAUAUGGGAUACAUGUUUCAGUUGGUAAUGUUCUCAUCUCAACAUACUCUAAAUGUGAUGUUGUAGAUGAUGCCAAAUUGGUGUUUCGGAAGAUGGUCGAACGCAAUGUAGUAUCAUGGACUACGAUGAUAUCCAUUGAUGAAGAAAAUGCUGUUUCUUUCUUUAAUGAGAUGAGAUAUGAUGGGGUUUAUCCCAAUGAUGUGACAUUUAUUGGUUUAAUCCAUGCUAUAACUGUCAAGGAUUUGGUGGAAUCGGGAAUGACGGUUCAUGGAUUUUGUAUAAAGAGUGCUUUUUCAUCAGAAUCGAGUGUUUUGAAUAGUUUCAUCACAAUGUAUGCUAAGUUUGGAUCCAUGAAAGAUUCUGUGAAGGUUUAUGAGGAGCUUAAUUACAGAGAGAUCAUAACAUGGAAUGCUUUAAUUUCUGGGUAUGCACAAAAUGGAUUGUCUCAAGAAGCUUAUAUCACAUUUUUGUCAGCCGUUGCUGAAUCAAACCCCAAUCAGUACACAUUCGGUAGUGUCUUGAGUGCAAUCGGUUCUGCUGAGGACAUAUCUUUGAAACACGGCCAAAUGUGCCACUCCCAAAUAAUAAAGCUCGGAUUCAACACGGACCCUAUUGUUUCUAGUGCUCUGCUUGACAUGUAUGCAAAACGCGGUAGCCUUUGUGAGGCUCAACGAGUUUUUGCAGAUGCACCUCUAAGAAGCGAAUUCGCAUGGACAGCGAUUAUCUCUGCACACGCAAGGCACGGAGAUUACGACUCGGUCAUGAAUUGGUUUCAAAAGAUGGAGACGGAAGGAGUAAGACCCGACUCGAUCACCUUCCUUUCUGUAAUUGCAGCAUGUGGAAGAAAAGGAAUGGUUGAUAUGGGCCAAAUUUUCUUUGAUUCAAUGAUAAGAAACUAUCAGAUUGAACCAUCUUCAGAGCAUUAUUCGUGCAUGGUAGAUAUGUUAGGCCGUGCAGGGCGACUAAAGGAGGCAGAGGAACUGAUGGGUCGAAUUCCCGGAGGACCGGGAUUAUCCGUAUUGCAGAGCUUGUUAGGAGCUUGUAGAAUACAUGGAAAUGUAGAAAUGGGAGAAAGGGUAGCUGAUGCUUUGAUAUCAAUGGAGCCGGCAGAAUCCGGCUCGUAUGUGUUAUUGUCUAACUUGUAUGCUGAUAAGGGGCAAUGGAAAGAAGUGGCGAAGUUAAGGAAAGGUAUGAGAGAAAAGGGAGUGAAGAAGGAAGUAGGGUAUAGCUGGGUGGAUGUUUGUGAUAUUGAUGCAGCUUUGAGUUUGUAUGCAUUUUCUUCAGGAGAUAAGUCUCAUCCACAAUCUCAGGAGAUAUGUAGCAUGGCGGAUUACUUGGGAUCAGAAAUGAAAUUUUUGAGAGAGAGCCUUAGCUUUAUGAAAUAUGGCAACUUUACAGCCGCCCCUCAAGAGGUGGUGACAAUUUUGAACUCGUAGUCAUUGCUUCUUUUUAUUUUCAUGGGAUAGAGGUAUUUUUAGAGUAAGAAUUACUUGGAGAGAGUUGGUCUUUUUACUUUGAUAUAAUUUGCUUCAACUAGAGCGGUAUUAAAGUGGGUGGCCUCCUACAAAAGUUAUUGUGUUGCAAUCCUUUAAAAAAUCUUCAAACAUAUUUGAAUUGGUAAGUUGCUCUUUGGUUUAAAUAAGGUUGCGGUUAAAAUCA